AUGGGCCUCCGCAAGUCGUUCGCGACCCUGCUGAGUCUCUUAAGUCUCUUCAACCUCACCACCGCUUUCACCAACCCCGUCCGCACGCCAGGCGGCAGUGACCCUUUCGUCACCUACAGCGGUGGCUACUACUACAUCCUGACAACCACCUGGACCGACGUCGAGAUCGCCCGCUCGACUACCGUCGACGGCUUGAAGACGGCAACGAAGAAGGUCAUAUACACCAGCACCGAUGCCUCGCGCUCCUGCAAUUACGUAUACUUCGCCGCUGGAGACUGCGACGACCUGGACGGACAGCGACUGCAUGCGCUCAAAGGUGGUGGCACGCCAUGGGACGACUUCACGUACUCGGGAGUGAUGACCUCCGAGUGGACCAUCGACGCGUCGACCCUCCGUUUCGGCACCUGGGGUGACUACCUGGUCUUCUCCUGCUUUCAUGGGGCGACCUACCAGUCCCUCUGCAUCCAGAAGCUCAACAGCGACUACGUCAGCCUCGCGGGCUCCAUGUCCGUCAUCUCGCAGCCGACCGAAGCCUGGGAGACGGUCUCGGUCCCCGUCAACGAGGGGCCCGCCGCGCUGUACUACGGCGGCGCUACCUACCUCGCCUACUCGGCCUCGUACUGCUGGUCGCCGUCGUACUGCCUCGGCCUCCUCACCUGGGACGGUACGACAGACCCGAGCCAGGCGGCGGCGUGGUCUAAGAGUAGUGGCUGCGUCUUCUCCAGCGCCAACGGCAACUACGGCACUGGACACAUCAGCUUCUUUACCAGCCCGGACGGCACGGAGAUCUGGCUUGCGUACCACGCUACGAGCAACAGCGCGGGUGCUUGCGAUGAUAGUCGGUACACUAGUAUACAGCAGCUGGGAACGAACAGCGAUGGGUCGCCUAACUUCGGUACUCCUUCUACGUCUGGCACCACGUACAGCGAGCCGAGUGCUUAG